CCUUUUAUUAGGUUGUCAUUUGUGUAUUACGAGCAUUGGUAUUCCGACAAGACCAGGGCGUAAUUGGCCGAUUCUGAAGACUUUGUAGCGGAAUUUUUAAAAUUGAGCUUAUUUUGCUCUGCAUGAAACUACAAUUUGAACUUAUUUCCAAAAUAAGGCAAGCGUACUAAACCCUAACCUCGCUUCUCUCUCCAUCGUCUCUGCUUGCUGCGUCCCCGUUCGGUGGUCCAGUCGUCCCUCACGCCGGUGCUGCUAUUCCAUCUGCGAGCUCGUUCGGUCUUGUCCAGUCGUACAUCUGUGUGCUCGUCCUCGCCUCUGGUCCAGUCUCUCCGCUGUCCACGCCCCGCCUCACCGCUGGCCGCUUGUCCUCAGUCACGCGGGUGCUGCUCCUUGCCAUCUCUUAUUUUCAGUCUACAUCAACGACUAGUUCGUGGCUUCCCAUGAGAAGCUCCCUCUCAAUUGCGAGGGAACACUGCUUAAGGCCACUGCACUAUGUCGUCCCGUCCCAACUGCUAGCAGGACAUCUCCAACAUUAUCCCAACUCUGGGAAUGUAAGCAUACCUCAGUUUCCUGCACCUCUGCCCUUCCAUAAUUCAUGAAUUUUUCAUUGUCAGAUUGCCCUUUUGUAUAUUUAAGCAACCAUAACAAUGUUAUGGAGAUACAAGGGGAGAGUUUUACCCUCGCUGAAGAAGAUCUGCAUCCUUAAAUCAAGCUCAGCCUGCAAUAUUUUUUCAUCACCAAUGAUAUGCCUCAGUAUGAAUGACAAAACCCACCAAUUUUUUUCCCGAGAAAAUCUUAAAGUUUUUCUCACACCUCAGAUUGUGCACUCCACCUUAUUGAAUUGCCGUUCUGAUUUGAUUGCUUUGAGUUUUUUUAUUUGGUGUGCGAAGCAACAUAAUUACUUUCAUGAUAAACAAGCAUUUGAUUACAUGGUUAGUGUGGUUGCUCGAUUGACUAAUCGUUACAAGACUGUUAAAGGAAUUGUUAAAGAAUUGGAAAGUGUUGGUUUAAUUACAAAGGCACAAACUUUCUUGCUUUUGUUGAGGAUUUAUUGGCGUGGAGGAAUGUUUUCUAUGGUUUUUGAAACUUUUGAGGAAAUGGGAAGUGUUGGUUUUAAACCAAAUACAUUUGCACAUAAUGUGGUGAUGGAUGUUUUGCUUAAGAUUGGGCAUGUGGAUGCAGGAAUUAAGGUUUUGAAAGAGAUGGAGUUUCCAAAUUUCUUAAGUUUCAGUAUUUUGUUGAGUAAUUUGUGCAAGUUGAAUGAUUUGGUUAAUAUUAAGGAUGUACUACAGAUUAUGUUGACGCAAGGGUAUUAUCCUAAUGUCGAGACUUUUGAGAUGGUUUUGAAUUGUUUUUGCAAAGUGGGUAGGUUACUGGAGGCAUAUCAAGUGUUGGGUGCAAUGGUUAUUCGGGGGAUUUCUUUGUCUGUGAAUGCUUGGAGUAUGCUGAUUGAUGGGUUCUGUAGACUGCAUCAACCUGAUAUUGCAUCUUUUUUGUUGGAGAAGAUGGUUCAAAGUGGUUGUUCUCCUAAUAUUGUAACCUAUACAGCUUUAUUCAAAGGAUUCAUAGAAGCCAGAAUGAUUACUGGUGCAUUUGGUAUUCUGAAUACCAUGGAAUCUGUAGGUUACGUUCCUGACUUGCUUCUUUGUAAUGUGUUGAUAGAUAGUUUAUCUAAGAUUGGAAGAUAUGAUGAUGCACUAGAUCUAUUUCUGGGUAUGUCAAAAUGGAAUUUGGUACCUGAUUGUUAUACUUUCAGUUCUUUAUUAUCAACCAUAUGCUCAUCUAGGAGGUUUAAUCUUUUACCCAAGUUGGUUAGAGGACUUGUUGUAGAAGCAGAUCUGGUGGUGUGCAACUCACUUUUAAAUUACUCAUGUAAAGCUGGUUUUCCAAAUUUUGCUGUGGAGCUAUAUAAUGAUAUGAUUGAUAAGGGUUUUCAGCCUGAUAACUACAGCUUCGUUGGAUUAAUUAGAGGGCUAUGUGGAAUAAGGAGAGUGAAUGAGGCAGUAAAUGUAUACCUAGGGAUGGUCAUGAAUUAUAGUGGCCUUGAUGCUCAUGUCCAUACCUCAAUAAUAGAUGGGCUUAUGAAAAAUGAUAAAUGUCAUAUAGCUAUCAAAUUAUUGAGAACAGCUAUUUCAGAGAAGUACCCACUAGAUGUUGUAUCAUAUACAGUUGCCAUUCGUGGGCUUUUCAAAAGUGGAAGGACUGCAGAAGCUUUUGCUUUGUAUAACCACAUGAAGGAGGUUGGUCUGUCUCCUAAUAAACGUACAUAUAACAUAAUGCUCUAUGGCUUUUGUGUGGAGAGAGACGUUAAAAUGGUCAACAUGUUGCUACGGGAAAUAAUAAAGUCAGGGGUUCAGCUGGAUUGCAGUACAUUUCUUAGGUUGACCAAUUUUCUAUUCAAGUCUCAUCUGUCUUCUUCAUCCUUUAACCAAUUAAUUAAAUUGUGGAAUUUGUUGGUGAUGCGUAAUGAGGUGAUGCAUCUGUUAUUGUUUGAUGGACUUACCAAUAAUGUAAAAUCAGGUGAUGCAAAUAAUUCAUUAUUGAAAGGUUAUUUGGAGGAUAAUCUAUUUGUAGACUCAUCUAGUUCUGAUGAACUUCCUGAUUUGGCUGCUUCUGUGUGUUGAGUCGUAAUAAACAAAGAAGUCUUUUCAUAUUAUAAUGGAUGACAGAUCCUCAAGUCUCAUAGAGCUUAGCAUGCUGUCAGAUAUUGAGACUAUAAAGUUGGGCUAGAAGUGGCCAUUUAAUGAUUUUGGCCUUUGCAUAGCCCCAGGCUCCUCUACUGCUAGCCACUGCUGUGGGUGUCACUCUCCAAAAAGAUGAAGCCUGUCUCUCUCAAACCUGCAAUCAUAAUUCAUAAAGCAUCAAGCUCUUUCAAUCCAUCAAGUCCCAUCAGCUCUUCCACUCACUCCCUUUACCAUGAGAGGUAAUGCUGCAAAAGCCCUAACCCAUUUAAUGUUUCAAAUUUUUAACCUGAUUUUAAUUGCUGGUGAGAUAUUGAAGGAAGGCAAGGGCCAACUUCAAUGGAGAAUACCAGGAGAUGUCAAAGAGUUUGACUGCCAAUCCCAUGAUUUGUUGAGUUGAGAUUUGAGAAGGCCCUAUGAGCAGGCAGUUAGAGGAUGAUUGUGAGCUCAGCUCUUCACUUUUGACAG